AUGGAUAGUAGCAACCGGGAUCAAACUACCAAUGAUGGUGAUGGAGUUGCAAGAGCACGAUUGAGGCUCCGUCUCCGGGUAGAGCUCCAGCGCCUGCGCACUUCUCUCGCUGAGCAUGAGGACGAAAGUAUCAGCUGCAGCAUCGACAUUCAUUUCGCCCAGGUCGUGACGAGGAUUCUUUGGACCUAUCUAGCAGAUAAUAGCGACGCAAUGGCGGCCGACCGGGCAAUUCUGAGGGCUCAUCUCGCCGAGACUAACAACGCAAUUGCCGCGGAACGGGCAACCAUCCGGCAUUUUGAGGACAUACUCAAUCGUCUCGAGCAAGACGAUGCCGAAGAGGCUCAUUAG